AUGCCCUGGGUUAUGCUCCACCUCUCCACCUCCUCCCACCCGCACUUCCGCGCCCUUCGCUUCAAUCACACCCCCGUUGAGGCGCUUUCAGCUGCUGCAGGGGAGAAAGGACAAGGAAGCGGAGGAGAAGGAGGAGGGAAAGUAGGAGGGAUUGUGGGGGGGAGUGGGUGGGGAGUGAGAAAGGGGGAGGUGUGGAGGCCGAGGAGGGGAGAGGGGGUGUGUGAGCUGGGGAGAGGGGAUUGGCAGAUGGAGAGGGAGGGAUAUCCGCUGAAUGGCCGAACAGGCUUUGACUAUCUCCACUUUGCCUGGCGAGAGAGCGAGUGCGCCCACCCGUUCACCCUCACGCACGCCCCCCUCUCCCACCCCCAUCUCCAACCGCAGGAGAAUGGCCGUACCGACUUUGACUAUCUGCAUUUCGCCUGGAGAGAGAGCGACUGCGCCCACCCGUUCACUCGCUUCCGAGCGGAUCGCUUCUUCGAGGCCUUCCAGAACCGUCGGAUCGUGUUCGUGGGCGACUCUACACUGUUGUCGAUGUUCCAGUCGCUGCUCUGCCUGCUCUCAGUGGGUCCCUCCCUCCCACCCAAUCACAGCAUGCCAACAGAGCGACUCAACCGCACCUUCCCCUCCCUCCUCCACCCCCCUUCCUCGUCUCCAUCCCUUCUAUCCUCCUACUCCUCCUCUCCCCUCACCUCCUCCUCAUCCUCAUCCUCAGCUGCUUCCCCUGCAGGCUCCAAGUCCCAAGCCUCCACUCCUCUAGUAUUCCAAUACACAUUCCCUCAUGCCAACACAAGCCUUGACUUUUUCCACUCUGACUUUCUAACCGUCCUGGAAUCCGCCCCUUCACAUGCUCCUGGGCAAUCAGAUACACCUGCCCCAGACACGCCUCCUGCUAGUAUGGCUGUUCCAGAUACGCCUAAUCCUUCAUUGACCAAGAAUAUGCAUGAGGGCAUCAAUAACAGCAGUAUUAAUGCCACCAAUAUCGUUGCUAGCUUUGGUAGCAGUAGCAACGCAGGCAUUGGCAGAAGUCUUCUCACAGAUACUUCUGAAACCACCCAGGAGCCAGGUUCGGAUGGGUUGAAUGCGGUGGAGCUGGGUUCGGACAGGUCAGGUGCAGCAAAGCCAAGUUCGGAGGGGUUGGGAGCGGUGAGAGUGGUGCGGCUGGAUGCGUGGGCGGCAUAUGUGGUGGCAGCACAGCCGCAUGUGCUGGUGAUUCACACGGGAGGCGCGUGGGUGGGGUUGCAGCAGCGAUGGCAGGAGCAUAGGGCGCGAAUACAUGCUUCUCAGGAGGGGCAGAAGGGGCAGGAGGGGCAGGAGGGGCAGGAGGGGCAGAGUGCAGCGAAUGAAUCAAAGGUUUUUGCUGCUGUGGCUGGUAAAGGAGUUGAGGGAGGGAUGCGUGAGGAGAAAGUGGGAGCAGAAGGCAAGGUGGAGGUUGGUGGGGGAAAGAGGAAGGCUGGAGGGGGAAAGGGGGAGCCUGGUGGGGGAAAAGGGGAGGUUGGUGGGGGAAAUUGGAAGGCUGGAGGGGGAAAGGGGGAGCCUGGUGGGGGAAAGGGGGAGCCUGGUGGGGGAAAAGGGGAGGUUGGUGGGGGAAAGGGGAAGGCUGGAGGGGGAAAUGGGGAGCCUGGUGGGGGAAAAGGGGAGGUUGGUGGGGGAAAGGGGAAGGCUGGUGGGGGAAAAGGGGAGCCUGGUGGGGGAACUGGGGGGAAUGGCGGGGGGAAUAAGGGGACGGGUGAAAAGGCGAAGGGAAAGGGUGGGGGGAAGAAGGGGAAUGGUGGGGAGAAGAGGGGGAAUGGUGGGGAGAAGAAGGGGAGUGGCGGGGAGAAGAAGGGGAGUGGAGGGGAGAAUAGGGGGAAUGGUGGGGAGAAUAGGGGGAAUGGUGGGGAGAAUAGGGGGAAUGGUGGGGAGAAUAAGGGGAAUGGUGGGGGGAAUAGGGGGAAUGGCGGGGAGAAUAGGGGGAAUGGUGGAGAGAAUAAGGGGAAUGGCAGGGAGAAUAGGGGGAAUGGUGGAGAGAAUAAGGGGAAUGGUGGGGAGAAGAAGGGGAAUGGUGGAGGGAAGAAGGGGAAUGGUGGAGGGAAGAAGGGGAAUGGUGGAGGGAAGAAGGGGAAUGGUGGAGGGAAGAAGGGAAACAGUGGGGGAAAUGGAGUCGAUGGUUGGAAAAACAAAGGUAGCGGUGGUGGUAAACAGGGCAAUGGCGGGGGCUAUCAGGGCAAUGGCGGGGGCUAUCAGGGCAAUGGCGGGGGAAAUCAGGGCAACGGUGGGGGGAGCAAGGAGGCCGGUCAGGGAAAUGACGGGGGGAAUGGGGGCAAGGGUGGGGGGAGCAAGGAGGUCGGUCAGGGAAACCAAGGGAAUGGUGCGGGAAGAAAGGGGAACAGUGUGGGGGAUAACAAAAUCAGUGCGGGAAGCAAAGGGAAUGGUGGGAUGGCAUUGGGAGACAAUAGUAAAGCUGGGCAGAAAGGAGGCGGGACAGGAAAGCAGGCAGGCAGUGAGAUGAAGAAAGCGGGAGGGAAAGGGGAGAGCAGUGGUGAUAAGGCGAAGGAGAAACGCAAGGCUGUGGCAGAGGUGCAAAAAACGGGUGGACGAGGGGGAGGAGGAGGGAAGGUUGAGAGAUUGAGGAAGGCUGGAGGUCAAAAAGGAAUCAAGGAAGGUGAGAGAAGACGAUGGGAAAAGCAGGAGCCUGGGUCUGGGGGACAGGGUAAGCAAGGCAAGGGGCAAAAAAGGCAAGGCAAGGGGCAAGGGAAGCAAGGAGAGGGGAAGCGGCAGAAGGUUGGGGAAAAAGUGGAGGAGGGGGUGAUGAAGCAGGGUGGUGAUAAUGGUGGCCAGACAGCCAGUGGAGGAGGAGGAGGGGACACCACGAGUGGUUCUCAGACUGAUCCGUUUGCAGGAGGGGAGUUGCGAAUGGGCGACUUCGGUGAUGAUGAUGCCAUUCUGCAGGGUGACAGUAUUGAGAAUGACAGUAGCAGCAGUGGCAGCAGCGUUUCAAACAGCAGCAACAGCACAACCAGCAACGGUUUCACUACCAGCAGUCCCGGUAGCACUACCAGCAACGUCCAGAGCAGCAAUAAUAAGAGUCUUAGUAACCUCAGCAUCAACCCCUCUAACAUCGGCAGUGGGGGUGCCAGGGACAGCCACAAGGAGGGGAGGAAGGGGGGGGAGAGGAGUAAGAGGGGGAGGGGGAGGAUUGGCAAGUGGCUGUGGCGGCACCGGCACCUGCUGAGCUUCCCAGAAAGCACAGAGAGUGUCCAUAGGGAAGACGAUGAAAGUGAUUCUUUUCGUUCCCACAUGCCUCUGAUUCUGACUCCCAUGCCACAUGUUGACUCACCUGCGAGUGCAGGCAACAUGUCGAUACUUGAUGGAAUGGACGGUGCGGAUGAAGCAGGGUCCCUUGGUAGCAUGGACGGAUCAGAUGCAGCGGAGGGGGGUUCAGGUGAGGCAGUGGGUGGAUCGAAAUUGGAGGAAGGUGAUGUGAGAUUAGAGGAGGAGGAGCAGCAGACAGGCGGAAGCUUUAUGGCGGAUGAAGCUGACAUAGUCCUAGAGGAAAUGUCCGAAGCGAGCUCUUCAGUCGGUCGGGGCAGCUUCCUUGAUGAGGAUAGGCCGGUGGAAAAUGAUGAAGUGCCGGAGCAGCAGCAGCAGCAGGGCGGGAGUGUCAUGGCGGACGAAGCUGACCAAGUCCAAGAGGAGAUGUCUCAAGGUAGACUCUCAGAAGGAGAAGUGAUGCCUUCAGUCAAUCAAGUUACGUUUGAUGAGGAGGGUGAAGCGGCGAAAGAGGAUGCAGUGCAGGAGAAGGAUAACGAAUCUCAUGUUGUUACAGGUGCAGAGAAUGACAAGGAAGUUCGUGGGGAGGAUGUGCAUAACGAGGCUGCUAAUAAGGAGGAUGAGUCACCUGGAGGGCCUAGUGUGCUCCCACCUAACCUGCUUGACUCGGUUGACUUUCUUGACCCGGUAGCAGCAUUCACCAAGACCCUGCGCAUGCUGCACCACUUCCUCUCCUCCCAACCCACCGCCGAAUCCCUCCCAACUUUCUUUCUCGGGCUGCCCCGAGAACAUUAUUUCCGGGCAGACCAGGGCAACCAUACCUCGCUCUGCCUGCCAGACGACGUCACAUGUAAAGAAAACGGACAGUGUAGCUUGUUUUCGAGGCCGAGAGAGUGGUUGGAAGAGGGAGGGGAGGAGCAGGCACACCAGCAACGGUGGCAGCGGUGGCGGUGGCGGCAGGAGAGGGAGAGGAGGGAAAGAAGGAGGGAGUGGGUGCACUCGAGUGUGGGGCAGAUGGAAAGGGUGGUUGAGAGGGAGAUUGGGAUGGGAGACAGGGUUGUGUUGCUGCAAGCAGGGGGGUUAACCGAUGCUCGUGUUGAUGCUCAUGUGGGCUCUUCCCUCCCUGCAGAAAUGCGUGUGGGGGAGACAAAAAAGGAAGAUUGCAGUCACUUUUGUGUGCCUGGAGUGCCGGACACAUGGAAUGAGAUGUUAGUUGCUGCGCUAAGACUACAGGAAAUGAUGACGUAA